AUGCUAUCGUCGCUCCAGGAUCUCGCAGGGUGCGUCUCAGAUGUGAUAAAGAAGCACACAUCUUUUUUCACUCGUAAGAAAUCUAGUGAAGAAUGCACCCGCAAGUUAAGUCGUCGUCGUUUACAAGCUCAACCACCACGCUUGACGGUUAACAUAGACGAAAGAAGCCUUCCAGAGAAAGUUCAAGCUGGUCUUGAACAGCGCUGUCAUUCAUACAGUAGCUGCGGUCUGAUUGGUUUAUCGCCUCAUUCUUCUUCAUCUUCGUUGACAGUGACGAACAAAUUACGAGAGAAGUCAUGCGAUAUAGCAAACAAAGGUGAUUUUACAAGCACUACUCUUACUGCCAAUACGUCUAUUGUUAAAUUAGUCGAUUUUUCAGGUGUCGACGAUGACUUACAUGACUUCGCGAUGUCACAAUCACCAUUGACGACUUUUGUAAUGUCAUUUCAGGAUAUUGUUGACCUUUCCCAGGAUUUUGGCGGUGUCGAAGAGGAUUACGAGGACGGCUUCGAUGAUGACGAGAAGGUGCCUCUUAGUCAACGUAUCAAAUCACUCUAUGGUGUUGACGCUUCUUGA